AGUUCAGCGAGGCGUUCGGGAUUGUAUAGAAUUUACGAUAUAUUAUUUUGUCUUCACUUUCAUUGGCUGAUAUUUAUCGCCAUUCCAUUGUUUCGAAGAUUUGUCCAAUCAUAUGUGAUAUCAUAAAAUGGUGGGAGUAGAAAUAAAUUGUGUUAACUUUAAAAUGGACAAAUAUUGAUAAUUUAAAAGUAAUUAAUAAAAGGAAUUUGAAGAAGCUUGAUGGAUUGUAUAGAGCCAAAUGUGCAUGAAUUUUUGUUUCAUAGUUAUAUGACAUAUGUUCUAGUACUUCGGUGUAGAAAUUUUCUAACCUAUUCGGACACUGAGAACACUUGUUACUGUUUCUGUAACAUUUUACUGUACAAAUAAUAAUAUUAAUAGUUAUCGUUACAAUGGCUAGUAUGACCACGAAAAGAAUUUUGUCUAGAUUCACAAAUCGAAGUAUUCUGCAGUCAUUUGUCACACGUUUUCCAUGCCGUAAUUUAUCAACAAAUAGUCAAACUGAACCAAAAGUUACCAAUGCAGUUUCAGAAGUCAGUGACCUGAUAAAUCCAUUGACAAGUCCAGAUUUUUUUAAAGUUCACAAUUUAUUUACUGUGGAAGAUUUGUUUAAUGCGAAAGUACAUUUUGGUCAUAAGGAGGGAUCUUUGGAUGAUCGCAUGCGACCUUUCAUAUUUGGAUCUAGACUGGGUCAUAUAAUAUUUGAUUUAGAUCAGACGGCUGAGCUUUUACGAGAAGCUUUAAAUUUUGCAGCUCACAUAGCAUUUAACAAAGGAAUUAUUUUAUUUGUUGCAAAAAAUCCUCACAUUUGUAAUAUAGUAGAGAAUACUGCUAAAGAGUGCCAAGAGUUUGCACAUACCAGAUAUUGGAAAAGUGGAACAUUAACAAAUUCUACACGUGAGUUUGGAGUGAUUGUUCGAUUGCCAGAUUUAUGCAUAUUCCUUCAUACAAUGGAAUCGGUUGUUUACCAGCAUGUCGGAAUAAAACAUGCAGCUAAAAUGACUAUUCCAACAAUUGGGAUUGUGGAUUCAAACUGUAAUCCAAAUCUUAUUACUUAUCCUGUUCCUGGGAAUGAUGAUACUCCCUGUGCUAUAGAAUUAUAUUGUAAAUUAUUUAAGAAUGCCAUAAUGAGGGGAAAAUUGGCUAGAAAAGUAAUGGAUUCGGUAGUAAAUAAGUGAUUUUCUGUAUAAUAUUAUAGAUACAAUAGAAUUUUUAAAUUAAAAAAGAUUACACGUUAUUUCUGUUAAGCUUUCUCUUUAUUUUGAUAUUUUUAACAGAAACAACCAAGACACCGGUUACAGUUCAAAAUAUAAAAUAUAUAAAAAAUAUCACGUUUAGCUUUCUUGUUUAAUCGUUGUUUUAUCGUCCCGUAAACGUUGAAAGAAUUUUGGUCCCAAUAUUUUGAAUAUCCUGUAAAGUAAAAUAACAUUGUUUUAUCAAAGACACAAAAAAAAUUUAAUAUGUAAUCAGUAAAACGAUAUACCAUAGUGCCAUAUUUGGAUAAUAAACUUUCAGGUAUAUCAGUUGAAUCACAAGUGGUUUAGAAAUCCAAACUUCGAAAAGUUGAUUUGCUAUUGCAAUUCCUAUCAAUGUUGCACAGCGUUCUGCGCUAACUUUGUUCUUUGAAUUUUCAUUUACUUUUUCAUUAUACUUCUAUAAAGAAAAAAAUAACGUUAAAGAACCAAUAUACAUUUUAUCCUAAUGUUGAACAUACUUCUCCAGAUUUUUCUGUGUAUGCUUCCAUCAAGAAAUUUGUUUGAAUUGGUCCUGGACAUACUAUUGUAACUGGUAUAUUCUGACCAAUCUUUUCUAUCCAGAAACCAUUGAAAUAUCCCUAUAUAUGACAGAAAAGAAUAUGCAUACAUAUAAAUAUAUAAACGUAAUUAAUACUAAUUUCAGUGACACUUUAACUAACAUGUAAAGCAUGUUUAGAUGCACAAUAUGUAGCAGAAUAUGCUGUUGAUGCGAUUCCUGCAGUACUCGAAGUGAUCACAAAAUGACCUGCUCCUACUUCAAGAAAAUAUUUUGCCACCAAUCUGCUUAAAGCAACUUGUGAAAACACAUUCAAGUCAAACAUUUCUUUGUCAACAGUAAGAUCAAUUUCUUCCCAUCGUGCUCGUUGAGAACGACCUGCAUUGUUUACAAGUAUAUCUAACUAAAAUAAAAAUUUAGAAUUAAGAUGAAAACCAACUGUAAAUUGUUGAUAAAAUUUAAAGUAUAUUUACUUUUCCAAAUUUACUGAUAACAUGUUGAAAUGCCGUUUGAUGAUUGUCUAUGUUACAAAUAUCCAAAACAAGUACUUCUAUGUCUCCAUCAUUUAAAUUUGAGUUUCCUUAACAGAAUAAUUAUGGUAUACAUAUAAAAUUAUCACAAAGACGCAGAACGACGAAUAAACGGAUUAAUCAUGAAUAGUUACUUUGAAGGCA